AAUUUUACUUUUGAUUAUUGCUUUUGAAUAUUUUUUGGAUAACCUUUUAAUAUGUUCUUUUUAGUGACAGCCUAUUAUCCUGUGGGUUAUCUUAAAACAUCUUUCUUUUUAAUUUUUCCUGGGAUUGUUGCCAAAAAUAAGAUAUGUGCAAAAUAUGUGGCAAGUUUUUCCCUUCCCUUAUUUUGUUAUAAAUUAUUUUUUAUGUUUUUUUUUUUAAUUUGAAAGACGAGUAGGAUGUGUCCUUCGAAUACUGCUUACUUCCAUGAAUUUAGUUGAGGCAAGAAUCAAACUGGUUUUUAUCAGUUGUUGUUAAAUUAUAGUAAGUAUUGAUUCUGAAAUCAUUUGUGAUCAUUAAGAGAGAAAUGUGUUGAUAGUAAAACAACGCAAAGGUAAUGUGUGUCAUACACGUUUGUCACGGCAAGUAGACAUGAGCAGGAGUGAAAGUAGUUUGGAAGUCUUCCCAAAAAGCCAAACACAGCAGCUCCUUUAUGAUCGCAUUCCAACAAGAAAACACAUUUUCUAACGUUAGAUUUUCCUAAACUCGGUUAAGUCCACCAGGUUGUGUUUGCUGUUAUGUCUGUGUGUUUAUUUGUCAUUUAAACGUGUUAGCACAUUGACCACAGUCAGCGCUUUGUGAUCGGCGAGUUCUGGUUUAGUCAGAAAUAGUUUCCUUAAUCUUCCAGCGUGGGUGUGUUUGUGCUAAAAGACACGUUGUGAUGGUCGCCAGUCUAAUUCCAUCAACACGGGAACGGGUUAAACAUGCUAUUCGACUUAUUUUUUUAAACUCUGCAAGCUGUGGGAAUAACAGAAUACUUCUUUUAAAUAUAGUGAAUGUAAGAUGAGUUCUGUCAGUUAAUUUGGCUGUAAUUCUUUUCUAAUAUAAAAAUAAAGAGAUUAGCAAGAUUUUAAUCAAUAUUCUCUGAUUAUUUGGUGGCACAACAAGUAAAUGUGCUCACCCUUGAGGGCCAAACAAAAAACAAAUAAACAUUUAAACAAAAUAACACGUGAAGUGCAGGUGAAGUAUUUUAAUGAAUUGGUUUUAUAAAUAUUUUUCAUGCUUUCUAUAUUGUUUCUCCUCAGCUUUGUUUUAGGUCAGUCCUUCUCUCUGCACAGCAUGCGGUUCUGUUACUGCCAACGCGCCCUUUCACUUAAGGUUGCGAUUGCCUGCUUGCUGCUCCUGCUUUUCAUUGAAUACCACGUUAAACACACGGCGCGUCCACAACCAACACACCCACCUGUGACAGGUGCUGUUAGACUCAGAGGACCCACCCUCAGACCGGUGGACCCGUUGUCAGGUUCCACCUGUCGAUCUGGCUUUUACGCCGAAGAGGAACUGAGGCCUCACCUUCGGAGGCCUCGCCAGGAUCCCAGGGCGCCGGGUGCAGGCGGCAAACCGUUUCCCCAGCAGCGGCUGACUCCCAGGGAGCUCAGCGAGGAAUUAGCUGGGUUCCAUAAGAACCAGCUCAACCAGUUUGCCAGUAACCGAAUCUCCCUGCACCGUGAACUGGGUGAAGACACGUGGCAUCCAGACUGCUUGGCGCAGAGGUUCCCGCGCUGCCCCGGCCUCCCGACCACCAGCGUGAUCGUGGUGUUUCACAGCGAGGCCCGGUCCGCCUUGCUGAGGACGGUCUACAGUGUGCUGCACACGGCUCCUGCGGCCCUGCUCACGGAGAUCCUGCCGGUGGACGACGCCAGCACGGACGGUGAGCGGACGAACUUGUUCGGAGACGUCUCUGAAUGUCGGGAACUCAGGGAGAGAUUAAAGUGCCAGAACUUCUCGUGGUACCUGAGCAACAUUUACUCCGAGGCGUAUGUGCCUGACAUCAGGCCGGUUAAAUACGGAAAGCUGAAGAUUUUGAGCACACGUCUCAAAAAGAGGUAUGGCUCAGCAGCAGAAACACUCUGUGUUCACAUGCCGCCCCUGAGAGAGCUGCCGCGUCUCUGUCGCUUGAAGGGAAAAGAAACCACAGCAGCGCCGGAGGAAGUGUGGAUCCACACGCAGACAAACGGACUGAAGAACCUGUCCUCUGGGACGUGUUUGACAGUAUCAGAAGGAAACGUGGUUAUGACUGCCUGCAAAUCCAGCUUAGUGAACCAAAGAUGGGUCUUCAUCUGACUCAUGGAUUUCAAUUUAUCCAUUAUUUGUGGACAUUUAACUUAAAUUUUGUUUUCCUUUUUAGAUCUCUUUUCUUAAAUUCUCUUAUUUAUAUAAUAUCGUAUUUAAAACUAUUUAUUCAGACUGGCUCUGAUGUAAUUCUUCACAAUGCAGCUGAAAUGUUAAAGAUGGGCAACAGAUCUGCAGUCUUUGGUCCGUAUAAUAAAUGCCUAAAACCAAUGCCGAUAGCUCACGACAAUAAAAUGACCAAAUCAAGUGGUA